AUCUACUUUUCAGGUCUUGUCUCGAUUGUGUCAUUGAAACAUCGUGGUGAGCAAAACAUACCGGGAGCUAGCUAACCUCCAGCUUACGACGUAAAUUUGCUAAACUGUCGGAUUUAGCUUUUAGUUGAUUAGAUAAACGCGGUAAAUAUGUUAACGUCCGUCGCCUGUUCGUGUGCGCGAAACGGGAGGAAAGUCUCGGUGCCUGUUGCGAAGUUGUCCCGGUUCUCAGGGGCUACAAACCCACCCAGAGCCCUGAAUCCGACAGGGGUACGAGACUUGUCCAGAUACCUGUCAUCUAGACUCCUCACACCGACUCCCUGGCAGCUAUCAGGGGGGCUAACCGCCAGAUGUGUGUCCCUAUCAGUCGCAUCCCAUGGGGGUACGGACCCCCUGGGCUCCCCCUCAGCCCCGGCCGAAAGCGACCCACCAGACCAGGAGAACUUCGGCUCGCUUUCCGCCGACAUGUCCUCCAGGAGGUCGUACAGGAAAGACGGCCCAUACCUCCAGGAUCUGCGGUACCGAGAGGACGAGGAGGAUCUGGUGAAACCUCGCAGGAGGCCCGGGAGGAGAAACACACCGUACUGGUACUUCUUACAGUGCAAGAAGCUGAUCAAAGAGAACAAGCUGCAGGAGGCUUUGGACAUGUUCAGCAGAGACAUGCUGCAGGGGGAGAGGCUGCAGCCGGAGGAGUUCAACUACUCUGUCCUGAUAGGAGGCUGUGGUCGAGCUGGACAACUCAAGAAGGCCUUCAAGCUCUACAAUGAGAUGAAGAAGCGAGGUCUAAUUGCUACAGAUGCUACCUACACCGCGCUGUUCAACGCCUGCGCCCAGUCGCCGUCCCAACACGCCGGCCUCCAGCAGGCCUUGAAGUUGGAGCAAGAACUCCAUCGCAAAAGCUACCCCAUCAGCACCAUCACGUACCACGCCCUUCUCAAGACGCACGCCAUCACCAACCACCUUCAAGCCUGCAUUCACACGCUCAGGGAAAUGCUGCAGAAGGGCCAUGUUGUGACUCAGGAGACGUUUCACUACCUACUGAUGGGCUGCUUGAAGGACAAAGAGACGGGAUUCAGACUGGCUUUACAGGUUUGGCGCCAGAUGUUGAGGUCAGGGAUUCUUCCAGACUCAAAGAACUAUAAUGUUCUCUUGCGAACUGCAAGGGAUUGUGGGAUUGGCGAUGCUUCCCUAGCCUCUAGCGUGCUGCUGGGGCCUGACCUGAAGUACGAGAGGGAACGCGUGUCCGAGUCGGGACGCACGGAUGUAACAGACAUUGAUCUGCUGGAGAAGCAGCUGUUUAUCCAGCCCGAUCCACGCAGUGACCGUCAGCAGGACAGCAGAGACAGCGAGGACGAGUUCUGCAGCAGCGAAGACUCGACCAGUUUGAUACCAGUCAGACAAACUGUCUCACUGCCUGCCAACAUAGAAAGUGAUGCCAAAGCCCCGAACCUGCUGGAUGUUUUCAAGGGUAAGAGGGGUGGUGUGAUCUCCCUCGGCACUGUGGAUGGAGCACCAGAUAGACUCGCACUCAUCGGAGGAGCCGAUGGUGUCCUGAAGAAGAUGGAAGCGAACGGACUCAGUCCAGACCUCAAAACUCUGACCCUGCUGGCCGACAUGAUGGAGCUGGGCCACACGUCUCUGCAGCUGCUGCUGAAGGUCGCCAAGCAACACAAAGUGAAGCUCGACGUCGCCUUCUUCAACUCUGUGAUCCGCAGAGCAGCCAGAGCCGGUGACCUGGAGGAGGCAAAGGCGGUGGUGAGUGUGAUGCGACACCGCAACAUAAGCGUGGAUGUGCAGACGUUUGGAUGCCUUGCUUUGGGCUGCGAGCGACAGAAGGACGGUCUGCAGCUGCUGAAAGACAUGGAGGAGGCGGGACUUAGGCCUAACGUCCAGGUGUUCUCUGCUCUAAUUGGCCGAGCAAUGCGGAGACUGGACUACAUCUACCUGAAAACACUCCUCAAGACCAUGAGCAGCAUGGAGGUGUGGCCUAAUGAGGUCAUCAUCAGACAGCUGGAGUUUGCCUCACAGUAUCCCCCCAACUAUAAUCAGUACAAAUCCAGAAACAACUACCUGGUCCAGAUUGAUGGUUUCCGUGGUUACUACCAGCAGUGGCUGAGAGAAAUGCCCGCUCAGACCGCUGAGGACGAGCAGGCGGCGCUGCAGACAUAGACGGACUCUGCGGUGGCAGUAACAGGAGAAGCAGAUGGACUGACAGAGAGUCAGAGGAACCAGAGAGCUGCAGCAAGGAGGUAUUUUUCACGUAACAAGGACAGCAAGAGCAGCGCUGCUCUGUGACGGCACUCCUGAAAAUAUCUGUCUCCUCUGGUACUCUGUUUGCACAGAGCUGUGGAUCUCAGUACUGGCUCAUGGACCUUCUGUCAGUCAACUUAUUGCAAAAGCCUUUUUUCUCAAACGAUCGCUGUUAUUGUAAUUUAUAUUCCAAUUGAAAUAAACUUACUAAGCUUCAGUACCUGAC